GUGGGGAUCACGGGUUUAGCGUGUUUGCUCAAACACGUAAAAAAUUAGAGAGAACGUUGGUUUUGACAUUAAUCUACAUGUUUAAUGCGCCUGCCCUCCGAUUACCUGGCGACCAGUUUAAAGUGUCACCUGUUGGGAUAGGUCCCACCACGCCUGCGACCCAAGUGAGGAUAAGAAAUACAGGAAUUAUAUGCUGUAGUUUUUUCAUUCAGGCCAGACCUUGGACAACUUCAUUAAUUUGCUGGUCCUUCUUUGACGUGGCAAAUAAAAAUGGCUGCUGAGUGGUGACGCUGUGGUAUUGUAGGUACUUAAAUUUCUACAAAAAUUUGAUUGGGAUUGUCCUAUUACUCAAGAUAACUAGUUCAUCCGUACUCUGAUGACUUUAUUCAUCGCUUUUCUUGGUGGUGUAAAUUUCCAUCAAUAACAUGAGUGGCUGGGCUGGAUUUUCAGAAGACGAAUUGCGGAGAUUGCAGCAAAAAGCCGUUUCUGUCGUCGUUACAGACUCUGUGAUUGCAAGCAAGCGCAAACUACGACCGCCCAACUGGAGUCGACAACAAUUCCAACGCGAGAAAGUAUUGCAAGAAGCCACUCAGACAAGUGCUACAUCUGUGUCCCAUGAAUUUACACUCGAGCAGCAGCUCAAUAAACUGCCAUCGAGAAGUGAGUGCGGGGACAUUGCACCUGGAGGUCCCGCUGCUAAAAGGAAUGCGCAGCCGAUUCUCAGCGAGGAAAGGACACAACAAAAUUGUGACUCAAUUGUAAAGAUGCAAAAUCCGGAGGUGAAGGAACUGGAAAUAGAAGAAAUUGCACUGCGUGGCAAGACUCGUCUGGACCAACUGCAACAGGAACAAAAGAUCAUUGAAGAGAGGAAUAAGUACAAGAGGGCUCUGCUUGCGAAAACUAUUGCUGAAAAGUCAAAACAAACUCAAGCUGAGGCGGUGAAGCUGAAGAGAAUCCAGAAAGAGCUGCAGGCCCUCGAUGACAUGGUUUCUAUAGACAUCAGCAUUCUCAGAGGAAAGAUAGAGCAAGCCAGCUGGGACUACACAACUGCCAAAAAGAAGUAUGACAAGGCAGAGACAGAGUAUGUCAUGGCCAAGUUAGAUCUACACAAGAAAACAGACCUUAAGGAGCAGCUGACGGAGCACCUUUGUGCUGUCAUCCAACAAAACGAGCUACGCAAAGCCCACAAACUAGAAGAACUGAUGCAGCAGUUGCAACUUCAGGGCACUGAGGAGGCGCUAGAGAAGCAGAAAGAAGAAGUCAAUGUGCGAAACUUCGAUCUCCAAGGACAUGUGAAAGAGCAGAAUGGUGUCUUGGAGGGAAUGGUGCAAUGAACACCCACAGAGGAAAAAAGUUUUAAGAAGGAUGAUGGCAUUCAUCUGGAGCACCAUUUGACAAAUGAACCAAAGCUUGAGCAAGACUGUAAAACAGAAGUGCUGCGAGAAUGAAGUGGUGGCUCAUACAUGACAUUGUCCAUUCCUCAGAGGGAGUCAUAAACUCUGCAGCAUCAUGUAAUUUUUACAACAUAUUUAUCUGAUGUGAUCUAAAUGUUUGCAGAAUACAGUUUAUUUCCAGAUAGUGUUUUCACCACUACACACAAAGUAUAGGGACAUAUUCUUGCCGCAAGUUGCAAAAAAACCCAAAAAACCUCCCCCACCCCCACAAAUGUUUAUAAUUCUCACGUUCUGCUCUCCCGGAAAAGCUCUUUCGAUAGAGGCACUGCGAUCGAAUUUCGCGAUGCGUCAUGGGUAAUUGUCACCAUAUAUACUUCCGGUUUCAUCUGCACGUUUCUGUUCACCGGUCUUAGGCAUGUUUUUACAGUGUAAAAUCUUAUUUUACCUUCUUUACCAUGGGCUUCAGGUGUGCUGCAGCUCAAUGCACAUCUGAUAGUCAUAAGAGUGUCAAAAGUUAUCCAUGGAUGUCAGCUGUGCGUUGGCUCAGGUAGCCUAAACAUCUCAGAAACGUAGCUCGAUGGAAGCGCCUUGUGAGAAGGGGUGGGAAAGAUUCCACUGGCUAUGUCGACGUGUUCAAUGUUGAUAGGCGUACCCGCUUGUGCUCAAGACACUUUGAUCCACAAUCUAUAAGAGAUGACAAAAUUUUGUCUGCCAUUUUGUGGAUUGCUACCGAAAAGCGGAAGUGUUGAUGGUGACACUGUGCAAAAAUCGACCACACCACCUCUAGCGAAUUAGCUUUUUUGGAGAGCAGAACGCGAGAAUUGUUUAGAGCACACAAAAUGGCACCAAACCUGGCUUUAAAAAAGUAUUUGUUUGUCAGUAUAUUAUGGAAAUGAUUCCAAAAAUUACAAAUAUGUGGGAUCUGAUACCAAUUGAGAAUUAGAGUAUUCGAUGCAACACCAAAUGUUUGUGAGUGGUGAAGUUUAGUUAUUUGAAUAAUUAGCUCAAAGCGAUAAAUGAAUUUACCCUGUGAACCACUGAAAUCAUCAGAGGUUUUACCAGGCAAACAAAUGUUCGUAUACUUUUGCUCACAUGAGAAUUGGGUGUUUUCAAAGUCGAAGUUUGGUAUCAGUUUCUGUAAGUACCUGGAAAAAGAAGAAUAAAUGUUCUUACUUGUCUCAAUUAUA